AUGGAUGAAAAUUUGGAAUUCACAUUAAGUUCCCCUAUUGCUAUUAGACUGCUUGAGGAAGUCUUUCAGUUGAAUUAUUUAUUUCACAGCCAGUGUUAUAGGUUAGAAGUUGCUAAUAGUAUUUAUUUUUCUUUUUCAGUUUCAAAGACCAACCUUUCAGUCCAUGAAGACAAAAACCGAGUUCCCUAUGUAAAGGGGUGCACAGAGCGUUUUGUGUGUAGUCCAGAUGAAGUUAUGGAUACCAUAGAUGAAGGAAAAUCGAACAGACAUGUAGCAGUUACAAAUAUGAAUGAACAUAGCUCUAGGAGUCACAGUAUAUUUCUUAUUAAUGUAAAACAAGAGAACACGCAAACGGAACAAAAACUGAGUGGAAAACUUUAUCUGGUCGAUUUAGCUGGUAGUGAGAAGGUUAGUAAAACUGGAGCUGAAGGUGCUGUGCUGGAUGAAGCUAAGAACAUCAACAAGUCACUUUCUGCUCUUGGAAAUGUCAUUUCUGCUUUGGCUGAGGGUAGUACAUAUGUUCCAUAUCGAGAUAGUAAAAUGACAAGAAUCCUUCAAGAUUCACUAGGUGGCAACUGUAGAACCACUAUUGUAAUUUGCUGCUCUCCAUCAUCAUACAAUGAGUCUGAAACAAAAUCAACACUCUUAUUCGGCCAAAGGGCCAAAACAAUUAAGAACACAGUUUGUGUCAAUGUAGAGUUAACUGCAGAACAGUGGAAAAAGAAGUAUGAGAAAGAAAAAGAAAAAAAUAAGAUCCUGCGGAACACCAUUCAGUGGCUUGAAAAUGAACUCAACCGAUGGCGUAAUGGGGAGAAAGUGCCUAUUGAUGAACAGUUUGACAAAGAGAAAGCCAACCUGGAAGCUUUUACAGUGGAUAAAGAUAUUACUAUUACCAGUGAUAAACCAGCAGCCACAAUUGGAGUUACAGGGAAUUUUACUGAUGCUGAAAAAAGAAAGUGUGAAGAAGAAAUUGCUAAAUUGUACAAACAACUUGAUGACAAGGAUGAAGAAAUUAACCAGCAGAGUCAACUAGUAGAAAAACUGAAGACACAAAUGUUGGAUCAGGAAGAGCUUCUGGCAUCUACCAGAAGGGAUCAAGACAAUAUGCAAGCUGAGCUGAAUCGCCUUCAAGCAGAAAAUGAUGCCUCUAAAGAGGAAGUUAAAGAAGUUUUACAGGCUUUAGAGGAACUUGCUGUCAAUUAUGACCAGAAGUCUCAGGAAGUUGAAGACAAAACUAAGGAGUAUGAAUUGCUUAGUGAUGAACUGAAUCAGAAAUCGGCAACUUUAGCAAGUAUAGAUGCCGAGCUUCAGAAACUUAAGGAAAUGACCAACCACCAGAAAAAGCGAGCAGCUGAGAUGAUGGCAUCUUUACUAAAAGACCUUGCAGAAAUAGGAAUUGCUGUGGGAAAUAAUGAUGUAAAGCAACCUGAGGGAACUGGCAUGAUAGAUGAAGAGUUCACUGUUGCAAGGCUCUACAUUAGCAAAAUGAAGUCAGAAGUAAAAACAAUGGUGAAACGUUGCAAACAGUUAGAAAGUACACAAACUGAGAGCAACCAAAAAAUGGAAGAAAAUGAAAAGGAGUUAGCAGCGUGUCAGCUUCGUAUCUCUCAACAUGAAGCCAAAAUCAAGUCACUGACUGAAUACCUUCAGAAUGUGGAACAAAAGAAAAGACAGCUGGAAGAAUCUGUCGAUUCCCUCAGUGAAGAACUAGUCCAGCUUCGAGCACAAGAGAAAGUACAUGAAAUGGAAAAGGAACACUUAAAUAAGGUUCAGACUGCAAAUGAAGUUAAGCAAGCUGUUGAACAACAGAUCCAGAGCCACAGAGAAACUCAUCAAAAACAAAUCAGUAGUUUGCGAGAUGAAGUAGAGGCAAAAGAAAAACUUAUUACUGAUCUUCAAGACCAAAACCAGAAAAUGAUGUUAGAGCAGGAACGUCUAAGAGUAGAACAUGAGAAGUUGAAAGCUACAGAUCAGGAAAAGAGUAGAAAACUACAUGAACUUACGGUCAUGCAAGAUAGACGAGAACAAGCAAGACAAGACUUGAAGGGUUUGGAAGAGACAGUGGCAAAAGAACUUCAGACUUUACAUAACUUGCGCAAGCUCUUUGUUCAGGACCUGGCUACCAGAGUUAAAAAGAGUGCCGAGAUUGAUUCUGAUGAUACUGGAGGCAGUGCUGCUCAGAAGCAAAAAAUCUCCUUUCUGGAAAAUAAUCUUGAACAACUCACUAAAGUGCACAAACAGUUGGUACGUGAUAAUGCAGAUCUUCGCUGUGAACUUCCUAAAUUGGAAAAGCGACUUCGAGCUACAGCCGAGAGAGUGAAAGCUUUGGAGUCAGCACUGAAGGAAGCCAAAGAAAAUGCAUCUCGUGAUCGCAAGCGUUAUCAGCAAGAAGUUGAUCGCAUAAAGGAAGCAGUCAGGUCAAAGAAUAUGGCCAGAAGAGGGCAUUCUGCACAGAUUGCUAAACCUAUUCGUCCUGGGCAGCAUCCAGCAGCUUCUCCAACUCAUCCAAGCGCAAUUCGUGGAGGAGGUGCAUUCGUUCAGAACAGUCAGCCAGUGGCAGUACGAGGUGGAGGAGGCAAACAAGCGUAAAUAUUUACAUAUACACACAGGUGUUGAAAAGCACCCAAAGUAUGAAGAGGACAUGGUAUCAAAGAGUCAUUCAAUGACUAACCUCUACCCCCUUGGGGUUGUAGAAUUAUAACUUUUUUUUAAAUGUAUAAAUUAUACCUGGCCUGUACAGCUGUUCCCGCCCACUCUUCUUGUAAACUCUGCUGCUUCCCAACACAACUAGCAUGCAGUUUUGGCAUCUUAGGAGGGGAAAAUGACAGUUUACAACUGUGGCCCUAUUUAUUACACAGUUUGUCUUUCUUGUCUUAAAUUUAGUCUGUGCCAAGUUAACCAUACCUUAUAGGAAUCUCAGUUUAAAUCACUUAGCUGCUACUGCUUCUUCUUUUUCUUUUCCUAUUAAAAUGUCUUCCCUUUUUUUUUUUUUUUUUUUAGGGUAAGGUAAAUGGAACAUUUAGGUUAAGUGUCUUAAAUUUUGCCACUUAUAACACUACAUGCCCACAAAAUAUAUCAGGUCAGUACUGUAUUUUAAAAUCCCUUGAAAUGAUAUCAGGGCUAAAAUUAUUUGUGUCAUUUCUGAAGUUUGCUUCUGAAAACUAUUGUUUGAGCACUGAAACCUUACAGCUGCCUAAUUAGGCAUUUGAGACUGAGCAAGGCUACUUAAUUGUUAUCUCAUGAAAAGUCUAUUGCUGAGUUGUUUUGAAUAGAAAUAUUUUACAAUAUCAAAAGCAGAUCUCAGUUUAAGAGAGUUUGGAAAAGGAAUUGUAAUUCUCUUCUUUCUGAUUCUGUAUUCAACAGCUUGAUGGAAUGAAAAUACCCUGCUUAGUUGUGAGCCUGCUAGCUGAUAUAAGAAUUAGAUACUAAUUUUUCAUCUUUAAUUAAUGUAGUGAAAUGAAUUAAGAUAUUAUAGGAAUAAACAUAAUUUUAUCUUAUUAGUACUUUAUUGGCUGAUCUAAAUUUACAGCCUAUGGAAAUUGAGAAAAAUAUGAAGAAAUAGGGCAGAUACAUGGUGGAUUUUUUAAAAAUUUGUAGAUAAAUUUUGGUCUCAAAUCCCUGAGAUGUUUUUUACCUGCUACACUAAAUCAUACACUAUAAUUUAUUUAUUUUAGUCUAAAAAUAGCAAAUUGUUUGCAAGUCGCUAAUCCUCAAAUUAUUUUGUUGACUAUAGCCCAUAAUUUUGUAGUCAGUACUAAAAGUGUACCUAUUUUUACCACUUUUUCCUCAGAUGAUUAAGUCAGCAGUUUAUUUUAGGAAAGUAUAAAAGUAAUAGGGAAAGAGAUUUCAAUAUUUGCUUCAUUAGAGGUGGGUGGGGGGUGACUGCAACUGUAUUAGCAGAAAUACGCAGAGAAUGGGGAUUUAAGGUUAUUCGGUCAGUAGAGAAACUUGGAAAACUAUGUGUUAAGAUCUGGCUGGCAGAAUUAACUUUUUGAAAAAGUUUUAUACACAGAUAUUUGUAUUAUUAAAUUUGGAGCCAUGGUCAGAAGACUCAGAUCAUAAUUGGCUUAUUUUUCUAUUUCCUUAACUAUUGUAAUUUCCACUUUUAUAAUAAUUUUGAUUUUUAAAAGAUAAAUUUAUUUAUUUAUUUUUUUAACAGUUGAUCUUUGCUGUUGUAGUGUGCAACCUCUACAAUGAUUAUGUUGCCUUAGGAUUGAUCAAAAGAAACACUCCAAAAAUUGAGAUGAAAUCUUGGUGUGCAGCAAGAUACAAGUAAUACAAUAAACAAAAAAAAGUGCUGCAGCUUCUUUAUGAUGAUAGUAUUCUAAAUGGAGAAACAUUUGGCUGCAUUCACAUAGACACAUUUUGUUUUCACAUGAAAACUUGCUGCUUUGGCAAUAUUCAUAAAUGAAGCAAAAUUUUUUUCUCUUUUGUCUGAAUAUGUUAGUUCAUUCUUAUAAGAUGUAUAAUGGGUAUUGGUGCUGUAUAACAAAUAGUGAAUUGUAACUAGCAUGUGAUUCAGAGUAUACAGUAUCUUAAUGGUUCUUUUCUAUUUAUAAUUUCAAACUUUCUUAAAGUGUACCAAGAAUUUCAUAAAUUUGUUUUCUGCGAACUGCUCUUUUUGCUGUGGUAGGUCAUUAAACACAGCACUUAUACUCUUAUAAAUGAAAACAUCUGAUCAUCUAGAAUAUUGACCUUACUUCAAUUUGCAGUGUCUUUUUGACUGGAUAUAUUAAUAUUCCUCUGAAUGGUAUUGAUAAAUGGUUCAGAAGAGAAACUCAAUGAAAUAAGAGAAUAAUAUUUAUUCAUGGUGAUCAAUUAAAUUAUUUGCCUAACUUAAGAAAACUACUAUGCAUAACUCUCGGUUUGUGCUUAAUUCAACUCAUUUGACAUGAGGUUACAGAAGAGAGUCUGAGUCUACCUGUGGAAUAUGUUGGUUUAUUUUCAGUGCUUGAAGACACAUUCAGAGAUACUUGGUUUGGGAAGACGCCAUAUAAGUUAACCUGCAUGCUGUAAAUGUGUUGUAUGUUUAAAUAAAGAGGAAAAUUUUUUUGAAAUGUA